GAUCAGUCGCCAAUACAAGCCAUAGCAUUACUUCAUAUUGCGGUGCACCCAAAAUGUCAUCUCGAAGCUACUGAUGAGGUGCUCCAGCAACUAAAUGCAUUACCCAUCAAAGAGGCAGCAACAGCUAUUCAGGAGUUGCAUGGACCAAAACAGUACAUCCGUGGAACAGGACGAUCAUUAUUUUUACCUGUUUCCUUGACAACUGUUGAUGACUGA